AUGGAGACACGGGGACUUCGCCACUCUGCGCGUCACCGCGUCUUACCGCGUGUCUCCGCGUGUCUUCCCUGUGCGGUGCCUGCCCCCGCUGCCCCUCCUACGCGGCCCCAGCUGGACGACGGGGUGGACGAGCCGCGCUUCCUGGUGAAGGACGCUCGGCCCGGCGCGCCGCUGCUCGUCGAGGUGGCGGCGCGCGACCGCUACGUGGGCGAGUGGAGCGAGUGGAGCGGGUGGGGCGAGUGGAGCGGUGCCGGGAGCCCCUGGGUCGAAACCACCACCUCAGAAAAUGUGACGACGGCCGGGAUAUUAACCGCAUCGCCCAGCGGAGAGUGGGGGGAGUGCUUAACAACAGGUCCUCCAAAGUGUACUAAACUCCUCUGCUCCAACCUCUUCAUCCUCGCCACGUUCCUUGGCUUCCUGACCCUCAUCACGGCCUCCGUGUUCCUCUACACUUGUCGCCGCCGCCUCAAGUUCCUCGCUCUGCGGUUGCUCCGGGAAGGGGGGCUCCGCUGUGGGAGGAGGGGUGGAGGACCCCCCCUGCUCGACCCCUCUGGAGGGCGUCACGUGCUCUGGGGGGGGCGGGAGUCUGGGCUACCACGCGCUCAAGUCGCCCUCGGGGCCCGUACACUGACACCCCCCCUCGCCCACCCCCACGUGGUAGCCCUUCAUCAGGGCGGUGGUGGAGGUGUUUGGGGGGGGGGUGACACCUCUCCCCACGCCCCGCAAAUAACACGGGUGACGUCACGGAGUUGCGACAUCCGAGUUAAUUAAUGCAGCGUACCAAUUGACCACGCGUGCCGGCCGUGUCCGACUUCAACGUGCCGCUGAUGUUGAUGUUUAACGCGAAUAUUAUGACGUUAAACAUGAUAAUAUUACUGAUGAUGAUAAUCGUAAAGAUGUUCAUGGUGAUGAUGUAACAUGGUGAUUAGUUAUGACGUCACGGAGCCUAGGAUGAGAUUCCAGAUUCGUGUUCUGAUGCUGCCGCCUUACCUGGUCUCUCACUCCUUACCUUUGCCUCACCUGUGUCUCACCUGUUUCUCCUCACCUGGUGCCUCACCCCCACGCAUCUCACCUGGUUCCACACCUUAAUUCUCACCUGUGGCUUCACCCGAUGCCCCAUCUCUCGCCUGUUCCAUACUCCUCACCUAGUCCAUCACCUGUUGCCUCACCUCCCAUGUAUGGCCUCACCUGGUCCCUCACCUCAACGCUCUCCUGUGCCUCACUUGAUUCCUCACCUCUCUCACCUCUCUCGUAUCUCGCCUAUUCCCCAUGUCUUACCAGGACAGACCAAAGCAAAUGAGAGAAACUGAAUGCUCAAGGGUAACAAUGCUACAUUCAUGUACAAAAUGAACGUGGAAUGAUGGCUGCUGUCUGUGGAGCGUGAGGCCUAGAAUUAUAACAACCCAGUGGAACCAAACACAGACAAGGGAUGGCGCUGGGCAUCUUGACGUCCUUAAUAAGUUGCCUUCAAGUACCUUUGCCCACCGCUCUGUAGAAUCAUGGAAGGGUCUUAUUCUUGUUCCCAAUGGCUACCAUUAGAGGGUCUCCUCCAGACUCGGGAAACCCCUGCUCCGAGGCGUUUGGUGUGCCCUGGGCGCAUGCAAGAUACAGGCUGCUAGGCGGAGGACGGGGUCGGACACUGGACUAGGCUAGGCUAGGUCAUACGGGGCCUGCAGAGACGAGUCCAGGCAAAGGACGAGGCUUCACCUCACGGUAGCUACCCCCCCCCCCCCCCCCAGGGCAGGCAGCUCCAGGUGAAAACCCAGGUAGUUUUAGACAGGUCUCUGUGUAGGUAUAGGUAGGUCUAUAGAGAGUUCCAGGCAAGUCUCUGGGUAAAGCUCACGUUAAAAGACGUCCAGAAGAAUGUCUUCUGGAAUGGGGGUUCCUCUUGGUUGGGAGGAGCCGUCCUCUGUGCCCUCAGGAGAUGUCGUCUAAAAGUCAGGGAUUAGUCAGCCUACUGAAAAAAGAUAUUGCCCGCGUCAGCUACUGAUGUGAUGAUGGUAGACAUCAGAUUUAGGGACUUAAUAUGUAAAGCUGUUUGAUUCGCAUGUGGGUUAAAAGACAACGUCGUAUCUACGGCUUAUGAUAUCAAUAAAAAUCUAUAAAAGGAGCUUGCCAAAAAAUGUCUUAAAUGUGACUCAGGGUGGAAACCCGCUUGCCUGCUGCCUGUGAACAGCACACGGGAAAAGUGUACAACGACUCGCGCGUUUGUGCUCUAUGAACAAUAACAACCCCAUCAGCAGUGCCUCAAGAACUGCAUUGUAGGCAUCUUGCUAGGUCUCCACCACAAUAAAUGUGAGCGAAUGUGACUGACUGACAGCAACAGCAGCAGGUGACGCAGUGGACCGGUUUCAUCAUCACCAGGACUCAUCAGCACGGUACAGUCACCAAUCCUCACUGCUGCAAAGUCUCCCUCUGGCAACCGUGUCCUGUCCGUUUAGAGUGCCCACAUCCACUCUGAGACCCAUGAGCUUGAUGACAGCCAACAACAAUCACAACAUCUGCAUUGACGAGAAAGCCCCACCACACCGUCACGGCGCACGCUGCUGGGAUGAGUAUCCCAGCACAACACAGAGUCGUGUGCGCACGGGCGAGCGGUGGUGGCCAUGCUGCACGUGGCCUGUGACCCAGCACUGUGGAGGCGACGUCGAGGGUUGGUGGAUCACACACAGAUGGUGGGAAACUCCCUCCCCGUGGGUGGGCGUCGAGGAGGUUCCAUACCCUGGCUCGCCAGCAGACAGCGGGACAGCAAGUGGGACUAAUCGCCAUCUGUUUCAAUCCCUACGGGGAUAGAGCGUUGCCCCCUCGCCCAAGCCCUGGUUUUUCUCCGGGUGCUCCGGGCUCCUACCUCCCCCCACGUGAAUGAUAAACACAACUCGUCAUUGGUUGGCUGAACACAACUUAAAAUACAAACUCAAUUCAGGAUCCUCCUUAAAAGGAGUCCUUUGACUCAGGGUGGUCUUCCUGAAUAAAUAAAUACAUUGUUUAUAAGACAAGAGGGCCACAAUGCAGUUGUUCAGGAAGUACCGA